AUGAUAAUAGAAACUGCUACUACAUUAUCGCCAUCUAAGGCAAAGCCCUCUUUCCCUCACAAUGAUUUGAUCAAAAGCAUGUCAGAAAACCCCAUAAACUGCCCCUCUCGCCCUCCAAUUAGGAAAUUAAAGUCUUCCUUGAAAAUAUCUCGCCCUGAACCUAUUUCAAGAUCCAAGUCAGAAAUUUUCUUAACAUCGCCUGAGAAAAAUGUUCGUUUCGCUAUUGAACUAACAACCGUUAAAAGAUUUGAUAAAAACGCGGAGCCAAGUUCAAUCUCAAACGAAAACUCUCCCACACUAUCUCCUGUUGAUAAUAACACCACUGCCGAUGACAUCCAACUUUUCAACAACGAGGACUGCUGGUUCAAUGAUUCUUCGUUGGUCACCAACCUACUAAAGAAUGAAAAGAAGUUUCGUUAUAUGAAUUCCCUGAACAAUAUGUUCAAAUUAGAUAUUUAUGAUUCAGAAGAUGAGGAUGAUAUUGAAGAGCACAUCAAUGACCAGACUGGAUAUGGUUAUACUUAUGAUUCGCUAUCAACUCGAAGAAAAUCUUCCGAAAACAAAUCUGUGGAUUCCUCUGCUACCUCUUCCAUUGCCAGCCAGGCAACAAAUAUUUGUGAUUGGAAACUUCACUGCACAGACUUGGUUCCCUUCAAGAGCGCCCCUCCCCUAUUUACCAAAACGUUAUCACCUUCGGAUAUGCAACGCCAGCUUACAAAAUACUUAAAUGGCCAAAAUGUGAAGUUACAUUCUCUCACUCAAUUGGAGGAUGAUUCAAGCAAAAUUACAGGACUAGUUUACGUUAAAAAUUUGAGUUUUGAAAAAUAUUUGGAGAUAAAAUUCACGUUCAACUCUUGGAGGGAUAUUCAUUACGUUACCGCCAGCUUUAAUAGAACAAUGAAUGCCAACGUUGAUGAAUUUAAAUUUACAAUUGAUUUGAAUAGUUUGAAGUACAUUUUACUCAUGAAAAGAAUCAUUACUAUGGAGAAUAAUACAAGCAGCUGUCCACUAAACGUCGAAUUAUGUUGCAGAUACGACGUCAAUAACGAAACAUACUAUGACAACAAUAACGGUAAAAACUAUCACCUUUUCAUAACUACCUUUAAGAAGGGAAGAGAAACAAAAGAAAAGGAAAAAGUUUCUGUUGUCGUCGAGCCUGCCCCUCAAGCCAAUGCAGCUGUCUCGUCGAAGGACAUAAAGUCAAGGUUUGUCUCUUCGAACCUGACUUUCUCAAGGUUCCUGCCUCAGUCAAGAAAGUUUAGCGAGGACACAGAUUACUAUAAUACGUCCCCACUGAAACAUCUUUAUCACAAUGAUACGACAACCUGGGUCAAGCCCAAAAGGCUGAAUGUGGUUUUAGAUAAAAUUGACAAUGCCACUCCUACUUCUCCUCCCUUAGCUAACAACACCACAAGAACAGAUAAGAUAACCAAAAAUGGGAAAACUGCACCUACCGCCCCAACUGCCAGUAAUAGCAUUGACCUACCGGUAUUAGGAUCUCAACAUCAAUCAUUAUAUUCUGGCUCAUCGUCAUAUUCCUCAUCGUCUUCCUCCAUUUCUUCUUCAUUGUCCUUUGCUUCUUCAAACAAUUCCUCGACAAAUUCUUCUUCCGCUUCUUGUAGUUUCCCACUUACUGAACUCGAUAAUUUCGAUUAUGCGAACUUAUAUGAACCCAAUGAUACCUUCACAACGGCCAAUUUGUUCAACCAUUCAUUAAACUCUUUAAUGCCAGAGAUUUCCACUCCAUCAUUCUUCGGAGAUUUUAAAAAUGAGAACACCAAUAAUAACGAUAACAAUAACAACUUCGCUACCUCUCUAGAAGAUUCAUAUGAGGAUAAACAAAGUGUCAUUACGGACACUACAAUGGACGAUAAUAAUAAAACGUCUACUAUCAAUAAUUCUACAGACACAUUAAUCAAACAACCAAAGGAAAACGGAACACCUAAAGAGAACAAAUUAUCUUCAAACAGUACCGGUUCACCAUCUUCAUCCCAGAAUCAGACGAGCACUAUGUUAAACGACCAUUCAAAUGUGAAGAGUGACCUCAAAUAUAUCAACUACCAAUCAUUACUGGAUUCCCAUCGUUUCUACAACCACCCCUCGUCGCCAAACCUUCAGUCCACUCCAUUCUCAAGCGCAGUUCCCCUCUCGGGAAUCUCCCAGACUUCAGAUGUUUUUGACUACGAGGACGAAAAUAGCGGUAGUGAUCAAAUGGCGGGAGAUCUAGAUAAUAAUUCGUUUUCUCCUCAAUUUUAUCUGAAUGAUGAUAACAAAUCCGCAUGCCUCAGUGACGACGCUUUGAUUGACCAUCACGGAAAUACUAACCCGUUUAUAAAUACUUUCAGUUCAUCUCCACCCAUCCUUUCCCAAGAGGUUGGCCGAUGGCGGCUUUAA